GUAAAGAUAACACUUGGCAAAGUAUAAUUCUACCAAAGUGCCAUACACAUGCUGUCAAGUGUCAACAUUCUCCUAUCUCUUCCCAAUCUUCCGGACAAUUCUCUUCUCUUCACUAUUCUCAAACCCCUUUUGUCUUCAAUUCAAUAAUUUUUUCAGUUUCAAAUAAACGUACAAUUUACUUUCAAAACUGAUGUAAUUUGUGUGAUUUAUAACAAUAAUAAUCAUAUUUAAUUACCAAAACUGUUUUUCAAACGUUUUGUUAAUCUCUUUGUUGUUUUCCUUGUCAUACUAUACCUCUCUUAUUUACCUUACCAACUUAUAAUCACACAUGGUAUGAUCACAACAAUAUCCUUCUUUUUCUCAUCUUGUUAUACAUUCAAUUUUGUCGAUUUCGAACUCGUAAUUUGAUUUGAUUGGAUUAUACUAUUAGGAAGAUUGUUCCUUUUGGUGGUGGGUUUGUUAUGUUAGUGUCAUUCAUAUUGUUGUACAAUUAUAGUUGAGGAUCACCCAUUUUUAGGUGAUCCUAUUUCGUGUCGUGUUCGUGUUUUGUUGAGGCUCUUAUAGAUCAAAGGACGGUUUUGAUCAAUCUGAUUGCACCAACUAGUCUAUAUUCAUAAACCCGGAUGCCAAAAUCCCAAAUUUUUUCCCAUUUGUUUUGAGGUGAAGAUCCAAUUAUAGGAAAGAGCUUGUUCUGAUUAAAAUGCAGCUAAGGAUAAUGAACGGCGAAAAUGGGAAAGAUGCCGUAAGCUCUGCUAGAACAGCCCCAAACAAAUCUUGGUCAUUUAAGAUCUUGUACUUUAUCUUGAUAUUCUUUGUUCUUGGUCUUGGAGUUUGCAUAUUGAGUAUGAAUAUGAUCAGGUAUCUUGGGUUGCGAAACAUGGUGUUGAGUGAAUCGUCGAGGUUAGAACCUUGCGACGAUGUUACAAAUACUCUAGAAUGCUGGACUAAACCGCCUUCUAAUCUUAUGCAUAACAUGAAUGAUAUUGAGUUAUUUUGGAGAGCUACAUUUGCACCGCGAAUUCAAGAGUAUCCUUACAAGAGGGUUCCGAAGGUAGCAUUCAUGUUUCUGACAAGGGGACCUUUGCCGCUUUCACCUCUUUGGGAGAGGUUUUUUAGAGGCAAUGAGGGACUUUAUUCCAUCUAUAUUCAUUCACUGCCUGGCUAUAGAGCAAAUUACUCCCGUUCUUCGGUUUUUUAUGGCAGACAGAUUCCUAGCCUGGUAACAGAAUGGGGGAAGAUGAGCAUGUGUGAUGCUGAGAGGAGACUUUUGGCAAAUGCGUUGCUUGAUCUGUCCAACGAAUACUUUGUUCUGCUUUCAGAGGCGUGCAUUGCUACCCGUAACUUCACCAUUGUGUAUCGUUACAUUUUAAAAUCUCGUUACAGCUUUAUAGGCUCCUAUGAUGAACAUGGACCCUAUGGAAGGGGGCGAUAUGACAAGCGCAUGGAACCUGAGGUCACCCUCGAGCAAUGGAGAAAAGGUUCCCAAUGGUUUGAGGUUAACCGUGAACUUGCUCUCCGGAUUGUAGAGGACAAAGUUUACUAUCCGAAGUUCAAGGAAUUCUGCAAGCCGGCUUGUUAUGUGGAUGAGCACUACUUCCCCACCAUGCUAACGAUCCUAGUUCCUCAUUUGCUAGCAAACCGAAGCCUUACAUACACAGAUUGGUCGAGAGGCGGGCCCCACCCAGCUACAUACGGCAAGAAGGAUGUUUCAAAGGAGUUCUUUGACAAGAUAUUAGGAAGGCGAAUGUGCUUCUACAACCAUCGCCUGGUCUUUCUAUGCCAGCUUUUUGCACGAAAGUUUGCACCCAGUGCUUUAGAACCCCUCUUGAGUUUGUCAUCUGAAGUUUUUGGAUACUGAAUUAGGGAAUAGACUGCUGGUACCUAGAUAAUGU